CCCGGGCCGUCACGGGCCUGGCGCAGGCGCGGCUCGGCCAUGGCGGCAGCCGUGGAGCGGCGCCUCGCUGAGUUCCGCGCCGCCCGCGGCAGAGCUGCCGCUGCUCCGCGUCCAGCCGAGCCGCCGGGAAAGGCCGCGGCUCCGGAGGCCGCCGAGAGAUCGCGGGCAGAGGCGGAGGUCCCGGGCCGCAGCGCUCAGGGCCGGCCCGCCGCGGCGGCGGCUCCGGUGUGGGCGCGCCCGCUGCUGCUGAAGGUGCUGCUGUGGGCCGUGCUGCUGGCGCUGUUCGUGGAGCUGGAGCUCGGGCUGCCCUAUUUCGUCCUCUCCCUGCUCUACUGGAUGUACGCCGGCACCCGCGGCCCCGCCGAGCGGCGGCCCGGCGAGCUCAGCGCCUACUCCGUCUUCAACCCCGGCUGCGCCGCCAUCGCCGGGACGCUGACGGCCGAGCAGCUGGAGCGGGAGCUGCACUACCGGCCCGCCGCGGGCAGGUAGCGCCGGGCCCGGCGGGGACUGCCCUGCGCUGGGCCGGGACAGCCGCCGCCCCCCCGAGGAACGGCCGGGGCUUGGGGGAAUGAAAUGGGAUUUGUUCCUUUGCAAAAAACCACCUGAGCCUUACUGCUGGCCCCGUGUCCCACGGCGCCGGGCGGUCCCGAAUAAAGCCGUAGCAAAGCCUG